AACUGACGCAGUGACGCGAAGCUCGUGACCUCGUGCUUGGAUUUUUUGGAGAAAUUUUGUCAUAAAAAGUGUAUUUUCUUGGUGAAAAAUGACUGAUCAAUCAUAUUCAUACAACCAGCAGCCACCACCUGGUGGACAGCAAAGUUAUGGAUCUCAAAGCUAUGGCGGGGGUUCUCAGCAAUCAUAUGGGGGAUACUCCCAACAUGGGGCGACAACAACCUCGUACCAAGCUGGGGGAUAUGGUUCUUCUACUACGCAAGCACCAUCAACCGAAGGUUCUGGCUCGUACCAACAGGGUGGUGGUUACACUCAAUCAGGAUACAGUCAACAACCACCAUAUUCCAGUGGUCAGCAAACUAGCUCAUAUCAACAAUCAUCCUCUGGACAGUAUGGUGGUAGUAGCCAGCAGAGUGGCUACCAACAGGGUGGUUAUCAAGGGUAUGGUAACAGUGGUAACCCACCUUCAACUUCUGCUCCGACAACUGGUUAUGGUCAGAGUUAUGGUGGCCAAUCUGGAGGGUAUGGUGGCUCAAGUGGUGGUGGAUAUAAGUCUAGUGGUGACCAGCAAUAUGGUGGAAGGUCUGACCAAAGGGAUACUGGUUAUGGUGGCGGAAACCAAGAUAAAGGAUAUGGUGAUCGAGGUGGUGACCGGGGAAGUUACAAUAGAGGUGGUGAUGAUCGUUAUGGUAGCAGUGGUGGCGGAUAUGGUCGUAACAAUCGUGGUGACCGUAGUUAUGGUGGUUCAGAUAGGGGAUAUGGCGAUAAGGGUGGCUAUGGAGGAGGAGGUAGAGGUGGUAACAGAUCUGAUGGUGGAAACACUGGAGGUUAUGGGUCGGGAGGGGGCCACUCAGAUCAAGGAUCAGGUGCUCCUAAAGAAUAUCAAGAUGACACCAUCUUCAUCUCUGGUAUACCUCCACAUGUGACUGUUGAAGAGAUUGGGAACAUGUUUGGAUCCAUUGGCAUCAUCAAGAUUGAUAAAAAGACACAAGGGAAAAAAAUAUGGUUGUAUCGAACGCCCACAGGAGAGUCUAAGGGUGAAGCUACUGUUACCUAUGAUGACCCACCAACAGCAAGUGCUGCAAUUGAGUGGUUCAAUGGUAAAGAUUUCAUGGGUGCGAAUAUCAAAGUGGAACUUGCAGAGAAGUUUGUGCCAAAGAAGAUGCGAGAACGAGGCGGCGGUGGAGGAGGAGGGCGAGGAGGAUCUCGUGGUGGCCGUGGUGGAGGUUUUCGUGGUGGCCGAGGAGGUGGGGGUGAUCGUGGUGGUGGAGACUGGGAUUGUCCAUCAUGUAGUAAUAUGAACUUUGCACGAAGGACAUCAUGUAACAGAUGUAAUACGCCCAAACCAGAUGACGGAGGAAGUGGUGGGGGAGGAGGUUAUGGUGGAGGAUACGGUGGUCGUGGUCGUGGAGGAUCAAGAGGAGGACGUGGGGGUGGAUAUGGAGGGGGGAGAGAUGGCGCGCAAGACAGAAGACGUGAUAGAAGAGAUGCUCCGUACUAGUUCUCAGCAAGGAAUGCAAUGUAAAUUAUUAAAGACAAGAACAAGGCACCACGAAAUAUCUUCACCUCCAGCUGUGUUAGGACAGCUAAUUUCCGGCAGCAUAGAGUGUAUUCUAGGCAAUGAGUAGAAUAACUGAGCCACUGUAUGUAUUCUGGACAUUUUAGAGCCCUUUUAAAACAAUAGCUUCAGCUUUCAUUUCUAGCUGUCAGAGCAUUGCAAUGACUUUGAACUAUGUUUGACUGUUGUAAACUUUUGUAUUGUGAUCCUUGUAGUUCUAAGUAAAUCUUGUAUUGGAUGUAUUUUUCAUUUUGCCUAAUAAUUUCAUAAUUAAUG